UAACUGCCGUUCGCAAAAUUCCAAUGGUAAAGAAAUUCUAGAAAAAUCUUCAGAAUUGUAGAAUAAAAGAUCCUUAAAAUCAUAGACCAUUCUUCAAAGCAAAUUACUGGAAGUUUCAUCGGAUUUUGUGAAACGAAAAUAGUUUCAUUCAUUAUUUUUUUAAUUUACCGAAUACUAUUCACUGGAAAAAGGCGCUUGUUUUAUUAAACCUGCAAUUUUCAGGCGGGAUCAACGUUUUUCUGGUGUCCGCACACUUAACCUAAAACACAAUGGCUAAAUGGGGCGAGGGUGACCCACGAUGGAUUGUGGAAGAGCGACCAGACGCAACAAAUGUCAAUAAUUGGCACUGGACCGAAAAAAAUGCGGGUCCAUGGUCAGUGGAACGAAUAAAAGAGUUAUUUAAAGAUGUUCCAGUAAAAUCUGACUUAGCAGACAUUCAUUUCACAGAAGUAGAUAAGUGUGAAGGGGAAGCUUCUGCUAACAAUCGGAAAGGCAAACUUAUAUUCUUUUAUGAGUGGGAUUUGAGUAUUAAGUGGAUAGGAAAGUUGAAAGAUAGUAGCAACAAGUACUCUGGGAAGAUUAAAAUACCCAAUCUUUCUGAGGAAAAUGAUGUCUCAGAGUUGGAUAUCAAGGUCAGUGUGAAAGAUUCAGACGAGGAGGGCGACAAGUUGAAGGAAAUAAUGUUGAAAUCCGGUAAAGAUGUAGUGCGGCAACAACUAUCCAAAUACAUUUCAAGUUUAAAAGAAGAAUUUUCAAAAGGCAUGAUUUUACCAAAAAAAGAUGAAGUCAAACCUGACGCUGUUAAAAAUCUUUCAAGUGGUUUUAACAAGAAAAUCAACAUGACACCAAUCGUCAGCGAAAAUAACAAACAAGUCGGUCUUAAACUGGACGUAACAACGAUAAACAUCACUCAACAGUUUCAAUGUACAGCACAAGAAUUUUAUGACGCGUUAACAAAAAUUGAAAUGGUGACAGCGUUUACUAGAGCUCAUGUAAAAAUGGAUGCCACAAAAGGUGGUAAAUUCGAAUUUUUCAAUGGAAAUAUUAUUGGUCAAUUUGAUGAAUUGAUACAAGGGAAAAAAAUUGUACAACAGUGGAGGUAUAAACAGUGGCCUGAAGGACACUACUCUACUGUUACUUUCAACAUUAAUGAAAAGAGCGAUCACACGGAAGUCAAUGUGGUACAAACUGGAGUACCGUCUGGUGAAGCAGAAGUGACUAAAGAGAACUGGCAGAGGUACUAUUGGGACUCCAUCAAGCGGGCGUUUGGUUUUGGAGCCUUCAUUCAAUGUUAAAGCGAGUUGUACAUUUUUAGAACCAAUUAUUUUUAUAGUUACGAAUCAGCUACUUUUUACUGUAUAGAGUCUAUACUUAAUUUUUAAUUUAUUUGAAAAGCUUCAAGAACAUUUUGUUACAAUGUAUUUGCAAAAUUGCUGUGGGAACGAAUAAAAUUUAAACACAA